AGUCUCUACAGGCCAGUGUGAACUCCACCUACUGGGCAGCUCCUCCCAUCCACUCCUCCCCUAUGUCUGACGAGGAGACCGAGGGACUGGGCCCUGAUGAGGUAAACAACAUCAACGAGUUUCACGUUUUAUUAGUCGUGUUUCGACAUUCUCAUCACUAGGAGUUGCUCUGGACGCGCACAAAGCUACGGUAGACUAACUACAGCAGAUAGAGGGGGUGAAUGUGUCCUAAGAAUGACCUUGUGUGUGUGUGUGUGUGUGUGUGUGUGUGUGUGUGUUCAAGUUUCAAGUUGUAUUAGUUGUUUACACAUGGUAAACACCACCCAACUAAAUGCUGACUGCAGGUUCCUUCCAGACAAUGCAAGAACAAUAAGAACUAAUACAAGAGAAGAAGACCAACAUAAAGUAAAUGUCUCCGUAGAAUAGAAGAAACAUUUUAGCAUCAGUAAAAUACAGGAAGGCACAAUUUAUAGUCCAAUAUGUACACGUGUUUUUGGGGAAGGGGGGAUUAAAUUGUGCACUUUUUAGCAAUCAUAAUAAGAGUCUGGUAGCAGCAGUUGUGAUGUGUGUGUGUGUGGAUGGAUGUGUGUGUGGAUGGAUGUGUGUGUGGAUGGAUGUGUGUGUGUGUGUGUGGCUGCGUGUGUGAGGGGGUGCGUGUGUGCUAAGGUGCGGACAUAACAACAUUUCAUUUAGAAAGGCAGAAAUCAAAAAGGUCUUGACAUUAUAUUGUGUGUGUAGUGGAACCAAAAAUCUCAAAUUUCGACUCCAGACCAAAGGACAAUUUAAAAAAUUUUUUUUAUUUGUUUAACGCAUUUUUGGUUACUACAUGAUUCCAUAUGCGUUAUUUCAUAGUUUUGAUGUCUUCACUAUUAUUCUACAAUGUAGAAAAUAGUAAAAAUAAAGAAAAACCCUUGAAUGAGUAGGUGUCCAAACUUUUGACUGGUACUGUAUAUUAAAACUUGUCUUAUUUUCAAAUGGUAUACUAACCCAAUGCUAACUUUUAGGCCUUUCCCCACAUCUACCGUAACAUAUCCACUUCCUUACGUUGUAGAUAGACAGGGCCCCUCUCCUGCCCAAGCAGCACCAUGCAGGACCCCCGGGGGCCACUGGGCGGCCCUUAGCCUCCCGCCACUGUCCAGGAGACUCCUACUGUAUGGUGUACAUGGUCUUCUUCCUGUUGGGCAUCGGCUCCUUGCUGCCCUGGAACUUUUUCAUCACAGCCAAACACUACUGGACCUACAAGCUGAGUAAUAACACCGAUCCUACCGGUCACGGAGAGGAGCCUCGCUCAGAUCUUAGCGUGAGUUGGUGAAGUGGUGUGUGUGCGUGUUUUUGUGUCUACUGCAUUCAUCUUAUGACAGCUGUAGGAAUUGGAACAGAGUGUUCUUUCACUCGUCACACAGAUCCAAAGCAACAACCAUUUUAUGAAUCGCAAUCUGGGUCAGGUGGGCGUCAUUUGAAAGAUUAUUAUAUUGCCGACGUGGCUAGCUAAGUUAUAAAAUACGAUAUUACAGUGUUAGGCUUUCCAAAAGGCACUUCAGACAAACAGAUUGUAAUUUUGGUGAGCAUAGAAAGGAGACGUGAGUGCAUUCAGGUGCGUGUUUCCCCUGCUAAUUGUCUCCACAAUACGACAAACGGGCUCAUUCUGUUCAGGACAACCCAGGUUAUAACACAUCAAACGGAGAACCUGACGUCAUGUAUAGCAUAUUACUGUCCAGCCACUGAGCUCUGACGUCAUGUAUAGCAUGUUACUGUCCAGCCACUGUGAUCUGACGUCAUGUAUAGCAUGUUACUGUACAGCCACUGAGCUCUGACGUCAUGUAUAGCAUGUUACUGUACAGCCACUGAGCUCUGACGUCAUGUAUAGCAUGUUACUGUAUAGCCACUGAGCUCUGACAUCAUGUAUAGCAUGUUACUGCACAGCCACUGAGCUCUGAUGUCAUCAUGUAUAGCAUGUUACUGUACAGCCACUGAGCUCUGACGUCAUGUAUAGCAUGUUACUGUACAGCCACUGAGCUCUGAUGUCAUCAUGUAUAGCAUGUUACUGCACAGCCACUGAGCUCUGAUGUCAUCAUGUAUAGCAUGUUAUUGUACAGCCACUGAGCUCUGACGUCAUGUAUAGCAUGUUACUGCACAGCCACUGAGCUCUGAUGUCAUCAUGUAUAGCAUGUUAUUGUACAGCCACUGAGCUCUGACGUCAUGUAUAGCAUGUUACUGUCCAGCCACUGUGAUCUGAGGUCAUGUAUAGCAUGUUACUGUCCAGCCACUGAGCUCUGACGUCAUGUAUAGCAUGUUACUGUACAGCCACUGAGCUCUGACGUCAUGUAUAGCAUGUUACUGUACAGCCACUGAGCUCUGACGUCAUGUAUAGCAUGUUACUGUACAGCCACUGAGCUCUGACGUCAUGUAUAGCAUGUUACUGUAUAGCCACUGAGCUCUGACAUCAUGUAUAGCAUGUUACUGCACAGCCACUGAGCUCUGAUGUCAUCAUGUAUAGCAUGUUACUGUACAGCCACUGAGCUCUGACGUCAUGUAUAGCAUGUUACUGUACAGCCACUGAGCUCUGAUGUCAUCAUGUAUAGCAUGUUACUGCACAGCCACUGAGCUCUGAUGUCAUCAUGUAUAGCAUGUUAUUGUACAGCCACUGAGCUCUGACGUCAUGUAUAGCAUGUUACUGCACAGCCACUGAGCUCUGAUGUCAUCAUGUAUAGCAUGUUAUUGUACAGCCACUGAGCUCUGACGUCAUGUAUAGCAUGUUACUGUCCAGCCACUGUGAUCUGAGGUCAUGUAUAGCAUGUUACUGCACAGCCACUGUGUUCCAAUUUAGGCGUUUAUCAGUGCCCAAAUCUGCCCUUUUCAACCCGUAUACGGGCUGUGAGUGGAAAGGACUGAUGAACGCACUAACUGUAAGUAGCUCUGGAUAAGAGCGUCUGCUAAAUGACUAACAUGGAAACGUUUCCCUCUGGCCUUGACAGGACUACUUUGAGAGCUAUCUGGCCAUAGCCUCCACUGUACCGUCGGUCCUCUGUCUGGUUCUCAACUACCUACUAGUUAACAGGUAACCUCCACUGUACCGUCGGUCCUCUGUCUGGUUCUCAACUACCUACUAGUUAACAGGUAACCUCCACUGGGUCCUCUGUCUGGUACUCAACUACCUACUAGUUAACAGGUAACCUCCACUGUGUCCUCUGUCUGGUAGUCAACUACCUACUAGUUAACAGGUAACCUCCACUGUACCGUCGGUCCUCUGUCUGGUACUCAACUACCUACUAGUUAACAGGUAACCUCCACUGUACCGUCGGUCCUCUGUCUGGUACUCAACUACCUACUAGUUAACAGGUAACCUCCACUGUGUCCUCUGUCUGGUACUCAACUACCUACUAGUUAACAGGUAACCUCCACUGUGUCCUCUGUCUGGCAUAGUGGACUCAACUACCUACUAGUUAACAGGUAACCUCCACUGUGUCCUCUGUCUGGUACUCAACUACCUACUAGUUAACAGGUAACCUCCACUGUGUCCUCUGUCUGGUACUCAACUACCUACUAGUUAACAGGUAACCUCCACUGUGUCCUCUGUCUGGUACUCAACUACCUACUAGUUAACAGGUAACCUCCACUGUGCCGUCGGUCCUCUGUCUGGUACUCAACUACCUACUAGUUAACAGGUAACCUCCACUGGGUCCUCUGUCUGGUACUCAACUACCUACUAGUUAACAGGUAACCUCCACUGUGUCCUCUGUCUGGUACUCAACUACCUACUAGUUAACAGGUAACCUCCACUGGGUCCUCUGUCUGGUACUCAACUACCUACUAGUUAACAGGUAACCUCCACUGUGUCCUCUGUCUGGUACUCAACUACCUACUAGUUAACAGGUAACCUCCACUGUGUCCUCUGUCUGGUACUCAACUACCUACUAGUUAACAGGUAACCUCCACUGUGCCCUCUGUCUGGUACUCAACUACCUACUAGUUAACAGGUAACCUCCACUGUGCCGUCGGUCCUCUGUCUGGUAGUCAACUACCUACUAGUUAACAGGUAACCUCCACUGUGUCCUCUGUCUGGUACUCAACUACCUACUAGUUAACAGGUAACCUCCACUGUGCCGUCUGUCUGGUACUCAACUACCUACUAGUUAACAGGUAACCUCCACUGUGUCCUCUGUCUGGUACUCAACUACCUACUAGUUAACAGGUAACCUCCACUGUGCCGUCUGUCUGGUACUCAACUACCUACUAGUUAACAGGUAACCUCCACUGUGUCCUCUGUCUGGUACUCAACUACCUACUAGUUAACAGGUAACCUCCACUGUGUCCUCUGUCUGGUACUCAACUACCUACUAGUUAACAGGUAACCUCCACUGGGUCCUCUGUCUGGUACUCAACUACCUACUAGUUAACAGGUAACCUCCACUGUGCCGUCUGUCUGGUACUCAACUACCUACUAGUUAACAGGUAACCUCCACUGUGCCGUCUGUCUGGUACUCAACUACCUACUAGUUAACAGGUAACCUCCACUGUGCCGUCGGUCUGGUACUCAACUACCUACUAGUUAACAGGUAACCUCCACUGUGUCCUCUGUCUGGUACUCAACUACCUACUAGUUAACAGGUAACCUCCACUGUGUCCUCUGUCUGGUACUCAACUACCUACUAGUUAACAGGUAACCUCCACUGUGCCGUCUGUCUGGUACUCAACUACCUACUAGUUAACAGGUAACCUCCACUGUGCCGUCUGUCUGGUACUCAACUACCUACUAGUUAACAGGUAACCUCCACUGUGUCCUCUGUCUGGUUCUCAACUACCUACUAGUUAACAGGUAACCUCCACUGUGCCGUCGGUCCUCUGUCUGGUACUCAACUACCUACUAGUUAACAGGUAACCUCCACUGUGUCCUCUGUCUGGUACUCAACUACCUACUAGUUAACAGGUAACCUCCACUGUGCCGUCGGUCCUCUGUCUGGUAGUCAACUACCUACUAGUUAACAGGUAACCUCCACUGUGCCGCCGGUCCUCUGUCUGGUACUCAACUACCUACUAGUUAACAGGUAACCUCCACUGUGCCGUCGGUCCUCUGUCUGGUAGUCAACUACCUACUAGUUAACAGGUAACAUGCACAUACAAAACAAACUGAGGCCAAAUCCCCCUUUAGAGGACAUCAUUAGAGGGACCAGAUUCAGUCAGCCGAUCAAUAGACCUGGCUACAAACACUGGAGCCUGUGAGGUCAUGUGUUCUCUCAGCCAAACAGACGGUCUGCUCUGUACCAGGUAUGGAUGGAGUCAGCUCAGGAUGUAAAGGAACAGUAUCCUUCCACACAGUGACCUUUUUAUUUUACAGUCCUGCCGUGUUUGGACCUUUAAAUGUAAGGGCUAAGGGAAGGGAUCGCUGCUGCUACCUAAAACCAACACGUUUCGGCUUUUGGCCUUCUUCAGGGGUUUACUUUGAUCAACAUCCAUUGUCCUCCAAGAGUUGCUGAAUCUCCUCUGCUAAAGGCUUGGGUAAGCCUGAUCCCAGAUCUGUGUGUGCUACCGAACUUCAACUUGCCUCUCUGAUGCAAGGGAACACAGUGAUAGAACAGAGUGACGCCAAUCCCUCAGUCUGUCUCUCUCUCAGGUUGUCCCCAGCGGAGUGACGCCAAUCCCUCAGUCUGUCUCUGUCUCUCUCUCAGGUUGUCCCCAGCGGUGCGUAUCCUGUCCUCUCUGAUUGUCAUCUUGGCUGUGUUCAUAGUGACCACGGUCAUGGUCAAGGUGUGUUAUUUUUUUAUAUAUAUAUACAGUGGGGGAAAAAAGUAUUUAGUCAGCCACCAAUUGUGCAAGUUCUCCCACUUAAAAAGAUGAGAGAGGCCUGUAAUUUUCAUCAUAGGUACACGUCAACUAUGACAGACAAAAUGAGGAAAAAAAUCCAGAAAAUCACAUUGUAGGAUUUUUAAUUAAUUUAUUUGCAAAUUAUGGUGGAAAAUAAGUAUUUGGUCAAUAACAAAAGUUUCUCAAUACUUUGUUAUAUACCCUUUGUUGGCAAUGACACAGGUCAAACGUUUUCUGUAAGUCUUCACAAGGUUUUCACACACUGUUGCUGGUAUUUUGGCCCAUUCCUCCAUGCAGAUCUCCUCUAGAGCAGUGAUGUUUUGGGGCUGUCGCUGGGCAACACAGACUUUCAACUCCCUCCAAAGAUGUUCUAUGGGGUUGAGAUCUGGAGACUGGCUAGGCCACUCCAGGACCUUGAAAUGCUUCUUACGAAGCCACUCCUUCGUUGCCCGGGCGGUGUGUUCUGGAUCAUUGUCAUGCUGAAAGACCCAGCCACGUUUCAUCUUCAAUGCCCUUGCUGAUGGAAGGAGGUUUUCACUCAAAAUCUCACAAUACAUGGCCCCAUUCAUUCUUUCCUUUACACGGAUCAGUCGUCCUGGUCCCUUUACAGAAAAACAGCCACAAAGCAUGAUGUUUCCACCCCCAUGCUUCACAGUAGGUAUGGUGUUCUUUGGAUGCAACUCAGCAUUCUUUGUCCUCCAAACACGACGAGUUGAGUUUUUACUAUUUUGGUUUCAUCUGACCAUAUGACAUUCUCCCAAUCCUCUUCUGGAUCAUCCAAAUGCACUCUAGCAAACUUCAGACGGGCCUGGACAUGUACUGGCUUAAGCAGGGGGACACGUCUGGCACUGCAGGAUUUGAGUCCCUGGCGGCGUAGUGUGUUACUGAUGGUAGGCUUUGUUACUUUGGUCCCAGCUCUCUGCAGGUCAUUCACUAGGUCCCCCCGUGCGGUUCUGGGAUUUUUGCUCACCAUUCUUGUGAUCAUUUUGACCCCACGGGGUGAGAUCUUGCGUGGAGCCCCAGAUCGAGGGAGAUUAUCAGUGGUCUUGUAUGUCUUCCAUUUCCUAAUAAUUGCUCCCACAGUUGAUUUCUUCAAACCAAGCUGCUUACCUAUUGCAGAUUCAGUCUUCCCAGCCUGGCGCAGGUCUACAAUUUUGUUUCUGGUGUCCUUUGACAGCUCUUUGGUCUUGGCCAUAGUGGAGUUUGGAGUGUGACUGUUUGAGGUUGUGGACAGGUGUCUUUUAUACUGAUAACAAGUUCAAACAGGUGCCAUUGAUACAGGUAACGAGUGGAGGACAGAGGAGCCUCUUAAAGAAGAAGUUAAAGGUCUGUGAGAGCCAGAAAUCUUGCUUGUUUGUAGGUGACCAAAUACUUAUUUUCCACCAUAAUUUGCAAAUAAAUUCAUUAAAAAUCAUACAAUGUGAUUUUCUGGAGAAAAAAAAUCUCAAUUUGUCUGUCAUAGUUGACGUGUACCUAUGAUGAAAAUUACAGGCCUCUCUCAUAUUUUUAAGUGGGAGAACUUGCACAAUUGGUGGCUGACUAAAUACUUUUUUCCCCCACUGUAUAUGUAAAUAUAUAUGUGUGUGUAUAUGUAAGUGUGUGUGUGUGUGUGUGUGUGUGUAUAUAUAUAUAACAUGCAGUGUAAAUGUCAAGACUUGAAUGUACGUGUGUCUAAGACGGUUUUCACCGCAGGACAUUAAAGUUGAUCCUAAUGUACAGGUGGAUUCAUCUGGCUGUAGAGACCAGUUCUUCUUUGGGACUUUAGCCAGUGUUGCUCUGGUCAGUGGGGCCUCCAACCUCUUCUCUGGCUCUGUGUUCGGGAUCAGCGGACAUUUCCCAAUGAGGAUAUCACAGGCACUCAUAUCAGGUAUUACACACCAAACACACACACACACACACACACACACACACACACACACACACACACACACACACGAAGGCUCUCAUAUUCAGAAGAUUAAUCUCUCUACGUACCAUACUUAGCAUGCCAAUAUCAUGUACCCAACAGUCUAGUCUACAUGAUAAAAAAUCCAUAGCAUACCCAAACUGUUCCCUUUGAGACUAUCUGUAUCUGUCCCAUCACUGCUUACAUUGACGCCACUUAGCCGGGGCUUUCAUACCAAACAACUUUAGAGUAAACACUCAUCUGAUUAGACAUGCUUCUCAUCCUUCAUCCAGACAUCAUUCUAUAAACAGCAUGACACAGUCAGUCCUUUUGCCCUCUCUCCCUCCUCCCCUCUCUACCUCUAUCCCCCUCCCCAUCCCUCUAUCCCCACCCCCCAUCCCUCUAUCCCCACCCCCAUCCCUCUAUCCCCACCCCAUCCCUCUAUCCCCCCCCCCAUCCCUCUAUCCCCCCCACCCCUCUAUCCCCCACCCCCAUUCCUCUAUCCCCCACCCCACCCCCUAUCCCCCACCCCACCCCUCUAUCCCCACCCCAUCCCUCUAUCCCCCACCCCCAUCCCUCUAUCCCCACCCCCAUCCCUCUAUCCCCCACCCCCAUCCCAUCCCUCUAAUCCCCCACCCCCCCAUCCCUCUAUCCCCACCCCAUCCCUCUAUCCCCACCCCCCCAUCCCUCUAUCCCCACCCCCAUCCUCGUAUCCCACCCCAUCCCUCUAUCCCUCUAUCCCCAUCCCUCUAUCCCCACCCCCCAUCCCUCUAUCCCACCCCUCUAUCCCCCCUCAUCCCCACCCCUCUAUCCCCCCCAUCCCUCUAUCCCACCCCACCCUCUAUCCCCUCCCCAUCCUUAUCCCCACCCCCAUCCCCUCUAUCCCCCUCCUCUAUCCCCAUCCCCCUCUAUCCCCCCUCUUCCCUCCCCUCCUCUCCCCCUCACCUCUAUCCCCACCCCUCUACCUCUCCCCAUCCCUCUAUCCCCACCCCUCUAUCCCCACCCCCCCUCUAUCCCCUCCCCCAUCCCUCUAUCCCCCCCCCCCUUUAUCCCCCCCCUCUAUCCCCCCCCUUCCCUCUAUCCCCUCCCCUCUAUCCCCACCCCUCUAUCCCCAACCCCUCUAUCCCCACCCCUCUAUCCCCCCCCUCUAUCCCCCACCCCAUCCCUCUAUCCCCCCUCCCCCUCUUAUCCCCCCCACCCUCUAUCCCCUCCCCUCUAUCCCCUCCCCUCUAUCCCCCCCCCUUCCCCCCCCCUAUCCCCAUCCCUCUAUCCCCUCCCUCUAUCCACCCCAUCCCUCUAUCCCCUCCCUCUAUCCCCACCCCUCCCUAUCCCCCCCCUCCCCUCUCCCCCCCCCUCUAUCCCCACCUCCUCACCCCCCCCCCCCUAUCCCCUCCCUCUAUCCCCCCAUCCCCUCUAUCCCCUCCCCUCUAUCCCCACCCCUCCCUCUAUCCCCCUCCCCUCUAUCCCCACCCCCUCCCUAUAUCCCCUCCCCUCUAUCACCCCACCCCUCCCCUCUCCACUCCCCAUCCCCUCCCUUAUCCCCUCCCCUCUAUCCCUCCCUCUAUCCCCUCCCCUCUUCCCCAUCCCUCUUUUCCCCUCCCCUCUAUCCCCACCCCUAUCCCCUCCCCUCUUCCCCAUCCUCUAUCCCCUCCCCUCUAUCCCCCACCCCCCCUCAUCCCUCUACUCCCUCCCCUCUAUCCCCUCCCUCUAUCCCCACCCCUCUAUCCCCCCCCCUCUAUCCCCCCCUCUAUCCCCAUCCCUCUAUCCCCUCCCCUCUAUCCCCAUCCCCUCUAUCCCCUCCCCUCUAUCCCCAUCCCCUCUAUCCCCUCCCCUCUAUCCCCCCUCUAUCCCACCCUCCUUAUCCCCUCCCCUCUAUCCCCCCCCAUCCCCCCUCUAUCCCCCCCCUCUAUCCCCCCAUCCCUCUAUCCCCUCCCCAUCCCUCCCUCUAUCCCCUCCCCUCUAUCCCCACCCCUCUAUCCCCUCCCCUCUAUCCCCCCCACCCUCUAUCCCCUCCCCUCUAUCCCCCUCCCUCAUCCCCACCCCCACCCUCCCUCUAUCCCCUCCCCUCUAUCCCCUCCCCUCUAUCCCCCCCAUCCCUCUACCCCUCCCCUCUCCCCUCUCUAUCCCCCCCCACCCCCCCCCUAUCCCCAUCCCCUCCCCUCUAUCCCCCCUACCCCCCUCUAUCCCCCCCUCCCUCUAUCCCCUCCCCUCUACCCCCUAUCCCCUCUCCCUCUAUCCCCCUCCCUCUAUCCCCCCCCUCUAUCCCCCCCCUCCCUCUAUCUCCCCCUCAUCGCCCACCCCUCCCCCUCUCUCCACCCUCCCCCCCCCCUCUCCCUCCCUCUCCCCCACCCCUCCACCCCCUCCCCCUCCUCCUCUCCCCCCUCCCCCCCCUACCCCCCCCCCCCCCUCUCUUCCUCUCCUCUCCCCCUCUCCUCUCCCUCCUCUCCCCCCCUCCCCUACCUCCUUCCCUCCCCCCUCCCCUCCCUCCCCCCUCCUCUCUCCCCCCCCUCUCUCCCCCUCUCUCCCCCUCCCCCUCUCUCCCAGGCCAGGCUAUGGGAGGGACUAUCAGUGCAGUCGCCUCCAUAGUGGACCUGGCAGCAGCUAAAGAUGUGACUGACAGCGCUCUAGCUUACUUCCUGACCCGCUGACGUCUUCAUCCUUCUCUGUAUCAUCAUGUACCUGCUGCUGCCCAAACUGGCUGUACUCACAGUAGGGUACACACACACACACACACACACAACACACCACACACACACACACACACACACACACACACACACACACACACACACACCACACACACACACACACACAACACACCACACCACACAACACACACACACACACACACACACACACACACACACACAACCACACACACACACACCCACACACACACACACACACACACAUAUACACACACACACACACACACACACACACACACACACACACACACACAUAUACACACACACACACACACCACACCACACACACCACACACACCACACCAUCACACACAUAGUACACACACACACACACACACACACACACACACACACACACACACACACCACACCACACUGCUGCUGCCCAAACUGGCUUACUCACAGUAGGUACACACACACACACCACACAAAACACACACCAACACACACACAACACACACACACACACACCCCACACACUGCUGCUGCCCAAACUGGCUUACUCACAGUAGGUCACACACACACACACCACACACACACACACUGCUGCGCCAAACUGGCUUACUCACGUAGUACACACACACCACACCACACACCACACACACUGCUGCUGCCCAAACUGGCUUACUCACAGUAGGUACCACACACACCACACACACACACACACACACACACCUGCUGCUGCCCAAACUGGCUUACUCACAGUAGGUACCAACACCACCACACCCACACCACACACAACCCUGCUGCUGCCCAAACUGGCUUACUCACAGUAGGUCACACACCACACCAAAACACACACACAACCCUGCUGCUGCCCAAACUGGCUUACUCACAGUAGGUAACCACACCACACACAACACACCCUGCUGCUGCCCAAACUGGCUUACUCACAGUAGGUCACCACACCACACAACACACACACACUGCUGCUGCCCAAACUGGCUUACUCCACAGUAGGUACACACACCACACACACCACACACACACACACACUGCUGCUGCCCAAACUGGCUUACUCACAGUAGGUACACACACACACACACACACACACACACACACACACACACACUGCUGCUGCCCAAACUGGCUUACUCACAGUAGGUACACACACACACACACACACACACACACACACACACACACACACACACACACACACACACACACACACACACACACACACACACACACACACACACUGCUGCUGCCAAACUGGCUUACUCACAGUAGGUACACACACACACACACACACACACACACACACUGCUGCUGCCCAAACUGGCUUACUCACAGUAGGUACACACACACACACACACACACACACACACACACACACACACACACACACAAGCAAGCAAGAACACACACUCAGGCCAGUGCACAGCAAUAACACUCAUCAUAUGUCACGCUAACUAGGCUACCGAAGGCAACAUCGUUACUGCUAACACCUAAUUAUAGACUGUCCAAUAACGUGCGUCAGAGGCUGAGAGGAAUGUGGGGCGAGAAGAUGAGGAACUGUGUUGUAGUGACUCUGUGAGUUUUGUCCUGCUGUGGUCAGGCAAACCACAGUUAAAUGAAACUAGUCCCCUCUCCCGAAACCAAGGAAACAGGCUUUAUUCAUACUGAGGUGUUCCCUAAAAUAAACAUUUCCCAGUUUCUGUUCAUUAAAACCUUUUGAUAUGAGCCUUUGUCAAAAAAAAUAAACUUCUCACAGAAUGCUCUGUUGACCCAAAAGGCAUCAAUAUCAACAACACAUUAGCAGUAGAGACACGUUCUCAGGUUAUACACUACCGGUCAAAGGUUUUAGGACACCUACUCAUUAAGGAUUUUUCUUUAUUUGUUACUAUUUUCUACAUUGUAGAUUAAUAGUGAAGACAUCAAAACUAUGAAAUAACACACAUGGAAUCAUGUAGUAACCAAAAAAGUGUUAAAGAAAUGAAAAUGUAUUUUAUAUUUGAGAUUCUUCAAAUAGCCACCCUUUGCCUUGAUGACAGCUUUGCAUACUCUUGGCAUUCUCUCAAUAUAAUAUAUUUUGAUUUGUUUAACACUUUUUUUUGGGUUACUACAUGAUUCCAUAUGUGUUAUUUCAUAGUUUUGAUGUCUUCACUAUUAUUCUACAAUGUAGAAAAUAGUAAAAAAAUAAAAUAAAGAAAAACCCUGGAAUGAGUAGGCGUUCUAAAACCUUUGACCGGUAGUGUAGGUCUAAUAUACCAUGAGGUGCUCUUAGAUAAUGGGAAGGGAUAUUAUAGAACAAAGAUACGUUGAUGCUGAACAGCAAAUAAUGCAGAAAAAGCAUUUCUGGGAAAGUAAAGCAGGACGUUUUUUUGCACAAAGGCUUUUUGGACAUUGUUUACCAUUCAGCAUCAACUUCUAUUUGUUCUAAUACAUUACAAGGGCUAUAAGGUCAAAUUACACAAUUACAUACAGAGACAACAUAUUAUAGACCUUUUUAUAAUAAUACAUUAUAAAGGGCUUAUACAUAGUUAUAGCAAGUAAUAAAACAUAUACCUACAGGUGUUACCAAAUGUUAUUGCAUAGAUGAUACAUUAUUUUUAAAAUGUUGCGUACUUGCCCGAAAAACCGUUUCCCUUCCUCAGGCACUACAUGCUGUCAGCAGAGUACAGCAGUGCGGCGACCCUACCGGAGCCCCGUGGUGAGGCGGACGGCCAGGAGGGAGCCCCAGCGAGCACCGUCUCCUCCGUGUCCGUCCCUCCUCUAAAACCCAUCCUUCAGAAGACGUGGAUCCUGGGUCUCAGCGUCUUCUACGUAUUCUUCAUCUCUAUAAUGGUGUUCCCCGCCGUCUCCUCUGGGAUCCAGGUAGAAGAACUAAGACGUCGCCUUAUUAACAAUGGCAGUAAAAAUUAUUAACAAAGGGGGGUAAACAGUGCUGCUAUCUUCUAAGAAAAUUGUAUUUUUAUGUUAUCUUAUCUGAUGUUGUCUUCUCUUCUCAGUCUGUUAACCGGAACAGUGGCAGCCCCUGGACCACAACAUACUUCACCCCACUCACCAGGUGACAAUCGGAUUGAUUCAGCUCUUUAUCUUGUCUGGUCGAUUAACACAUUUUAUUUGUCACAUGCGCCGAAUACAACAGGUGUAGACCUUACAGUGAAAUGCUUACUGACAAGCCCUUAACCAACAAUGCAGUUUUAAGAAAAAUAAGAUUUAAGAAAAUAUUUACUAAAUAAACUAAAUAACACAAUAAAAUAACAAUAAGGAGGCUAUAUACAGGGGAUACUGGUACCGAGUCAAUGUGCGGGGGUACAGGUUAGUCCAGGUAAUUUGUACACGUAGGUAGGGGUAGAGUGACUAUGCAUAGAUAAUAAACAGCGAGUAGCAGCAGUGUAAAAACAAGGGGGGGGGGGGGGGGGGGGGUCAAUGCAAAUAGUCUGCCACAUCCGACGAGCGUCAGAGCCGGUGUAGUACGAUUCAAUCUUAGUCCUGUAUUGACUCUUUGCCUGUUUGAUGGUUCGUCGGAGGGCAUAGCGGGAUUUCUUAUAAGCGUCCGGGUUAGAAUCCCGCUCCUUGAAAGCGGUAGCUCUACCCUUUAGCUCAGUGGAGUAUGUACGUACGGUCACUGUGGGGACGAUGUCGUCGAUGCACUUAUUGAUGAAGCCGGUGACUGAUGUGGUGUACUCCUCAAUGCCAUCAGAUGAAUCCCGGAACAUAUUCCAGUCUGUGCUAGCAAAACAGUCCUGUAGCUUAGCAUCUGCAUCAUCUGACCACUUUUUUAUUCACUGAGUCACUGGUGCUUCCUGAUUUUAAGUUUUUGCUUGUAAGCAGGAAUCAGGAGGAUAUAAUUAUGGUCAGAUUAGCCAAAUGGAGGGCGAGGGAGAGCUUUGUAUGCGUCUCUGUGUGUGGAGUAAAGGUGGCCUAGAGUUUAUUUAUUUUUUUGUCUGGUUGCACAUUUAACAUGCUGGUAGAAAUGAGGUAAAAUGGAUUUAAGUUUCCCUGCAUUAAAGUCCCCGGCCACUAGGAGCGCCACCUCUGGGUGAGCAAUUUCUUGUUUGCUUAUGGCCUUAUACAGCUCAUUGAGUGUGGUCUUGGUGUAUCUACGCUUCCUGUAUCUAUACUUGAUAUGCCAUCACAUGUUGCACAGGGCCUGUAUUCAUAGAGGAGUGCUGAUCCAGGAUCAGUUUUCAGCCUUUUAGAUCGUAAUGAAAUGGAUUACAUGGACAGGGAGGACCUGAUCCUAGAUCAUCACUCCUACUCUGAGAUGGGGGGGAUAAUAAAGUCAUUCUUUUCUCUCCAGCUUCUUCCUCUAUAACGUGGCUGACUUCUGUGGUCGUCAGGCCACGGCCUGGCUGCAGGUUCCAGGCCCCACCAGUAGAGUCCUACCUUCCCUGGUCCUCUCCCGGACAGUCCUGGUGCCUCUCCUCAUGUUAUGCAACUACCAGGUAAAGAAGGGAGAGAACGUCCUCAACUCUUGUCCUCUAGUGGAAAUAAGUUAAAUGGUGCUUGGAGGAGCCAACAGUCGAUUAGCCUGAGUGCCAGUCUGUCUGUGCUAUCAUGCCAACUCCUUGUCACUCAUUGUCACUUGGCUAGACAAUGACCACAAUGAAGUUGGCAAGAGCACAAACAGAUCUGGGACCAGGCUAUAGAAGGAGAAAACAGAUCUGGGACCAGGCUUGGACAGUCGAUCACAUCAAAGAUUUAAAAAAGACCAGCACUCGGUUGAAUAGAAGUUGCAAUUAAAGCUUUGUUAAAAAAAAAAAAAAAAGGUUUCUUAUUGCAACACGUCUUAAUAGUCUUUUUAGUAACGCCUUCUAUGAAGUACGUGCGUAUACUGCUUUAUAUCGUCCUUUAUAAAGCUUUAUAAUACACUUAUGUGUUAUGACAUUGACUAUUAGCUUCUUUUUCCCCCUGUAACUACCAAAAAGGCCAGCACUGUUGCGAUUGAAGCAAAUGGAACCCUAUUCCCCAAAUGGAACCCUGUUCCCCAAAUGGAACCCUAUUCCCCAAAUGGAACCCUAUUCCCCAAAUGGAACCCUGUUCCCCAAAUGGAACCCUGUUCCCCAAAUGGAACCCUGUUCCCCCAAAUGGAACCCUGUUCCCCAAAUGGAACCCUGUUCCCCAAAUGGAACCCUAUUCCCCAAAUGGAACCCUGUUCCCCAAAUGGAACCCUGUUCCCCAAAUGGAACCCUGUUCCCCAAAUGGAACCCUGUUCCCCAAAUGGAACCCUAUUCCCCAAAUGGAACCCUAUUCCCCAAAUGGAACCCUGUUCCCCAAAUGGAACCCUGUUCCCCAAAUGGAACCCUGUUCCCCAAAUGGAACCCUAUUCCCCAAAUGGAACCCUAUUCCCCAAAUGGAACCCUAUUCCCUAUACAUAAUGCACUACUGUUGACCAGGGCCCAUAGAGAUGCAGCCUUUUGUUUUUUAAAUUUAGUUUAUCUUAUAGCAACUUGUCUUAAUAAUAUUUUCUUUAUGUAACCUCCAGCCCAGAGACCACCUUCACACGGUCCUCUUCAGCCAUGACCUCUUCCCAGUCGUCUUCAUCUGUCUCCUGGGCGUCUCCAACGGGUACCUGGGCACCCUGCCCAUGAUCUACGGGCCCAAGGUGGUGACACGGGACCUGGCGGAGCCCGCAGGCGUGGUGAUGAGCUUCUUCCUGACGUUGGGACUGGCUGUGGGAUCGGCCUUCUCUGUGUUGAUAGUACACUUCAUCU